AUGGAAAAGGAGGAAACGAGGGAACACAUGCGCGAAGUCAUAGAGCUCGACCGGAAACAGAACCAAGGAACCGCCAGUGCCAGAGCAACGAGGGUAGGCAACUGCCCCAAAAAAGAAGACGUGGACAUGAGACUCAUUACAACCGUAAGAGUCCACAACUGGCAGAGGCUUCCACCAGGACGACAUCUAGUCAAUAAUCUCGCAAAAAACAGAGCCAACAACGAAAAAGUCACGCAGAAAGAGGUAAAAUCGCCCAAAGGUGAUAACCAGGCAACCAAAGCUGGAGAAUGGAGGAAAUUGAAAAUCGUCUUCCGAAAGACGACCAUCCCAGAAACAACCAAUCACGGCUCGCACACGAACACGAACGCUGGAGAGCUCAUAGGCACGAGCCGUCAAAUGACACAAACCAAGAAAGACCAAGAAGAAGAAUUCGUCCCAAUGACCUGGGAGCCCCAGAGCCCACGACAUUAG